AUGUUUAGCUUUAAUCUUUUGUGUUGGGGUUUAUUUUUUUACAUCCUGGUAAAUGUGGUCCGUGGCAUCCUCAGCGUGCCCAAUCCAUUGGCUGAACAAAAUCGUCUCAACAAAGGUCAGGAAAUGUUUCGAUAUAUGAAUCUGAAUGUGAACCCCUGUGAUGAUUUCUAUGAAUUUGCCUGUGGCAAUUGGAAUACCUAUAAUUCGGCAGCGGCAAAAAAGAAAUCUGCUACUGGUCUAUUUCACAGUCUACGUGAGGAGAGAGAUCACAAGAUACUGCUACUUAUGAACACCGAUGAGCCGCGUGAUACCAACGUGGAUAAGAAGAUAAAAAAUUUCUAUCGAUCAUGCAUGAAUUUGCCGAAUUUGAAACAUGUCUAUACGGCGAAAUUAUUGGAAAUUAUGGCGGAAUUUGGUCAAAUGCCUGCCAUGGCGGGACCGUUGUGGGAUGAACGUACAUUCGAUUGGCAAACUACUGUGGCGGCUAUAGCCUACAAAUAUGGAAUUGUUACCGUUACCGGGGCUGAGAUAAGCGUGGACUUUGCAGAUAACUCCAAAAAUCGUAUCUAUUUAAGUGAACAACAAUUGGCCCUGGAAUCGAGGGAUAUCUACUUGAACCCUGCCAAUGCCGGGUUUGUUAAGAACUACAUCAACAGCAUUGCCAACAAGUUAUACAUUUUUCUGGGCCUAGACAAGACCGUGGGUCUGCAAGUGGCCACUGAGAUGGCACAAUUUGAAACCAAUUUGGCGGCGGGUAUGGCAGACUCCAAGAAAGUCAAUAAACUGGCCGAUCUUUAUACCCUCAACACCAUUGAAGAAAUACAACACAACGUCUAUCCCCAUUUAAAUGUUGAAAAAUUGGUCUUGGAGUCGUUGGGUGUCUUACCCGACUUUAAGGUCUAUUGGAGUCCGGCGUAUGUGAAAAAUCUAAUACGCACCUUACAACAAACUCCAAAGCGUGUGGUGGCCAAUUAUAUAUUCUAUCAUCUGAUUGAUAAAUUUAUGCUCAUCAUUCCUGAGACACAACAUCAACUGCAGGAUAUGUGUCUGAGACAAAUGAAGACGUACUUCUCCAAGAAUUUCGAUAACAUGCUCUAUCGUAAAUAUAAUAUGGAUGAAACGGAACAGGGGGUAAAUGUAAUGUGGCAGGACAUUAAGGACACCUUUAUUGAAGCUCUCAAAUCGCCACAUCAAUAUUCCUGGAUUCGUCCCGAAACACGUAGCUAUGCUGUGGAAAAAAUUAAAGCAAUGAAAAUGGAAAUCGUGUCAUAUAAAAAUUACGACUUCGAAACGGUAUUUAAACCCUUCCAGGUGAAUUCGCAUGAUUUGGUUGAAAAUCUCAAAUCCCUCUUUUCGCUGGGUAGUAAACAAAAACGUAGUGCUAUUUUCGCACCACCUCAACCAUUGGAUCUGAGUGAGAGAAUUGCCACCACUCCCGUGAAUGUUCUCAUCGAAAAUGCGGUAAAAGUUCCUGUGUCUAUCUUGCAACCCAAUUAUGCCUGGGAUGCCUCAUUUGCGAAUGCCUUCAAUUUUGGCAUCCUUGGAGCUUUACUCUCCCAUGAGCUAAUGCAUGGUCUUGAUGUCCAUGGACGGCAUCAUGAUGCCCAGGGUAAUAGUCUGGAAUGGUGGGAUCCAGAAUCAAGUCGUGAUUUCAAUGCCCGUUCUCAGUGCUUCAACUCUCAAUAUCAGAAAUAUAUUUUCCAUGGUCAUCAUUUGCCCGAUAUGCCGGCACAGGGUGAAAAUAUUGCCGACAACGGUGGGGUACGUUUGGCCUAUGCCGCCUAUGUUAAAUGGCUGCAACAGGCUUUGGCCAAAAAUCCUCGAGCUGUGCGAGAAUCAAUGCCUCCCGUGAGUUUCACCGAUCGUAAGCUUUUCUUUAUCAGUUAUGCCCAACUGUGGUGUAAUGAUAUCACGCCGGCAUUUAGGAAGUAUCUGGCUUCGGUCGAUAAUCAUGUACCGGAUAAAUUCCGCGUCAUUGGCCCCCUAUCGAAUUUUGAUGGAUUUGCUCAGGAAUUCCAAUGUCCCAAGGGUAGUGGUAUGAACCCCGUGCAGAAGU